AUGACGACGACGACGCCGACGACGAAGACAAAGACAAGAACAACAAUAACAAUAACAACAACAACGACGACGACGAAAAAUCCGACAAAUAGCAUUUCGGAGAGUAUUUAUUCCCAGUCUUCGAAGCCGGCGAGUGAAAGAAAAAAGAGCUGCAACACUGUCAGCACCGCUGGCAAAGAUAAUGUUGUUGUUGUUGUUGUUGGCGGUGGUGAUGGAGAUGGAAAGUGUAAUCGACGCAAUAAUAGUAAUAUUGAUAACAAUAACGUUAAUGAUAAUCAUCGCAAUAGCAAUAAGAACAUCAUCAACAACAACAACAAGAAGAGUGGCAACGGCGUCGUUAUCGACGGUAAUAGCAACGGUAAAAGAAAUAGAAGCAACGAUAAUAGCUUAGGCUCGAAUCGUUACUUUACAACAUCGGGCUGCUGGAACUUUUGCACAAGGAAUUACGAUGACUUUGACGAUGCGUAAAUGAGAGAUGAAAGAAGGGGGGGGGGGGGGGGAGGAUUAUAAAAUUAAGGAUAUGAAAAAAAAGGUAACAAAUUAAGAAAUGAAAGGAAAAAAAAACACAUAAGAAGAAAAGGAUAAUUUUCUUUUUCUCAAACAAAAUGUAAGGCUGUUAGAAGAGAAGCUUAAAUUAUUAUUAUUAUUAUUAUUAUUAAUAUUAAUAAUAGAUUACACGCCUGA